UAUUAACCACUUCAUGUUGUCCUAUAAUGGGUGAAGUGAAUUAUGAUGAAAACCUGAAGAUCUGGAGUGGACCAGAAACACAGAGCUCAUUUUCGCCGGAUUUGUCCAUCGGAGAGAUCAUCUUUCGUGAAAUGGAGUGCCAUCCAAAACUCACCGCCCAGAUCUCGAUCACAGAGGACACAGUACUGACCCGCGAAGAACUACACAUGAAUGCGAUGCGAGUGGCAAGUUAUAUGAGGGAAAUGGGUUUGGGCCAAGAUGAUAUAGUGGGCGUAAUGGGCAGACACACGACUCACUUAUCCGCUGUGGCAUAUGCAUGUUUCUUUAACGGAACCCCCUUCCACGCCCUUCACAAUGCCUACGAAGAGUCAUGCAUCAGUAAGCUUUUUGGAAUCACAAAACCGCGCUUGAUCUUCUGCGAUGGCGAUGAGUAUGAAAAAGUGCAAUCGGCCACCAAAGAUCUCCAGGUAACGAUAGUCACCAUGCGGAAUCAUCCUGUGGGUUCGGUAAGGAUCCAGGAUAUUCUCACCACGCCCGUGAAGCAGAACUUCCAGCCAGUGCGUCUGAAAGAUGGCACAGAUCAAACUCUGGCCAUACUCAGUUCAUCCGGCACCUCGGGCUUUCCAAAGGCAGUUACCAUCAGCAAUAGUCACAAGGUUAUCGUGGAGUACAUGGGACUAAACAGCUCCAUUGUUCAGUAUACGUCGAGCACCUUGGACUGGUUAUCGGGUCUUUUGAUGGCCAUUUCCACUGGCGUAUUCUGUACCACCAGCAUUAUUGCGGACUGUGACUUCGAUGCUGGGCUUUUAUGUAGCGCUAUAGCGAAGUACAAGAUCUCGUUGGUGCUCUUAAGUAGCUCCUACCUGGCCAUGUUUGCCAACAGCCCAGAGCUUCAAUCGGCUGAUCUUUCUUCCUUAAAAUACCUGUUCUAUGGCGGAUCCAGCUCUUCUCUAGAAGCACAGCGCAGAAUUCGAAGCCAUCUGAGCCACGAUUGCCUACACUUUUGCUACGGCCUAACUGAGCUGAACUCAGCUGGAAGCGUUAACUUGAACUUCGAUGGGAAACCCAACUCAGUGGGUCGUCCGUCCAGGGGUAUUAAAGUUAAGGUAAUAGACGAGCAGGGUGGAGCUCAAGGACCCAAUGUCCAGGGAGAGAUCUGCUUUAACAAUGGCCAAAAGUGGUCUGGUUACUACCUAGAUCCCGAUGAAAGCAGGAAAAUGCAAGACUCUGAGAACUGGAUUCAUACUGGUGACCUCGGCUACGUGGAUGAGGAUGGAUAUAUAUUUGUCAUCGAUCGCCUGAAGGAUAUGCUCAAGUAUCAGAACAUCAUGUUUUAUCCCAGUGAGAUAGAGAAUGUCAUCGCUGAGAUGCCAAAUGUGCUGGAGGCUUGUGUGUUCGGCAUUUGGGAUCCAGUGAAUGGAGAUGAGGCAGCUGCCUCAGUGGUCAAGAAACAGGGUGCCCAGUUGGAAGCCCAGGAGGUGGUGGACUACGUCAGGAAACGUACAACUGCCAAGUAUAAGCAGCUAAAUGGAGGAGCUUUAAUUGUAGAUGAACUCGUUGGGAGUGGAAACAGAAAGGCAAACAGAGCGGCCGUCAAAAAACACUUUAUCAAUCAUUUCAAUAAUAAAUAGUAACUAGUAACAUACUUAUAACUGAAAAUGGAAAUGUGAUGAAAUCAGGCGCAAUAAAAUCUAAACCAUAACCCAA